AUGGCAAACCUUACCGGUACUCACAACCUCAGAGAUACAGACCCUUCUUCUGAUGAUGCCCCCACCGCUUUAACUUUUGUCAAGGUUACGUAUUACACGAUUGCCUCAGUCGUAGCCAUGAUUGGCAACGGAUUGCUGAUAACCACAGUUGUCCGACGUUACACACUUCGCAAAGUGUCCUACUUUCUUGUGGCUAAUUUAGCCUUUAAAGAUUUCGCCUUCGCCUUGGUGUCCACGGUGUUUACCAUGCCCAGUGUCUUCAAAGACCGCUGGAUGUUUGGACACCAUUUGUGUGUCAUGUUCGGAUUUAUCAGCACGUGGUUGGCGUAUGUGGAACUGUUGACCCUGGUUUGCCUUGCCAGUGACCGUUAUGUGGCCGUUACAAGGCCAUUACGAUAUCACCAAAUUCUGAGCAGGAACAAGUUCCGAGGGGCCGUAGCCUUUUGCUGGUCAUACUCGUUCCUCUGGGCCGCCCUGCCGUUAGUGGGGUUUGGAGAAUACGUUUACUACGACAAUCUGAAAAUUUGUCAGCUAAACUGGUCUCCUGGGCUGAUUCGGCAGAUUUAUGUGUACGGUGUGGGGUCACUUCUCUUUUUCCCUGGGACAGGUAUGAUCAUUUACUGUUACAUCAACGUCUACAGAAGAGCUAAGAGCAUCAUUGAUGUUCCCGUGUUUACGGUACAAACACAGGCCAACGGGAACAAAAGUAAAAGAACAGGGUCAAGAGGAACAAAAGCGACCUUUACAAUUGCACUCAUCACCGGGAUAUAUUUCUUCUGUUGGUUCCCUUUUGUCGGGGUACGGCUCACUGAAAUUUAUUACCCCGGGUAUAAAGAUGAUAUUACCCUGCAGGCGUUAGAGAAUUUCACAAUCUACUCGUUUACCAUCGCGAAUUUUAUCAACCCCAUUAUAUACGGGAUUUACAACAAAGAGUUCCGGCACGAACUCUUCAAGUUAAUCAGAAGAUGA